CCGGCCCCGCCCCCUCCCGGCGCGGUCCCCUCACGGCGGCGGCUCCAUUUUCUCGCGCUCCCGCGGCCCCCGCGUAGCGCCCGGUUCGCUUCAGCCCCGGCCGAGAGACCCCCGAGACACCGCGCGCCGCCAUGAAUGAGGAGUACGACGUGAUCGUGCUGGGCACCGGCCUCACGGAAUGCAUCCUCUCCGGGAUCAUGUCAGUGAAUGGAAAGAAAGUCCUUCACAUGGAUCGCAACUCUUACUAUGGAGGGGAAAGUGCAUCCAUCACACCCCUGGAAGAUCUCUACAAAAGAUUUAAUCUCCCAGGAACUCCACCAGAAUCCAUGGGGCGGGGAAGAGACUGGAACGUGGACCUCAUUCCAAAAUUCCUUAUGGCUAAUGGUCAGUUGGUAAAGAUGCUGCUCUACACAGAAGUCACUCGUUACUUGGACUUCAAGGUGAUCGAGGGCAGCUUCGUCUACAAGGGAGGGAAGAUCUACAAAGUUCCUUCCACUGAGGCAGAAGCUUUGGCCUCCAGUUUAAUGGGUUUGUUCGAGAAGCGCCGCUUCAGGAAGUUCCUGGUGUACGUGGCCAACUUUGACGAGAACGAUUCGCGGACCUUCGAGGGCGUGGACCCCAAGAAAACCACCAUGAGGGAUGUGUACAAGAAGUUUGACCUGGGCCAAGAUGUCAUUGACUUCACAGGCCAUGCCCUCGCUCUCUACAGGACUGAUGACUAUCUAGAUCAACCCUGCCAAGAAACAAUCAACAGGAUUAAGCUGUACAGCGAGUCGCUGGCUCGAUACGGGAAAAGCCCCUACCUGUACCCCCUGUAUGGCCUUGGAGAGCUGCCCCAGGGCUUUGCAAGGCUCAGUGCAAUCUAUGGAGGCACCUACAUGCUCAACAAGCCCAUCGAGGAGAUCGUCAUCGAGAACGGCAAAGUGGUCGGGGUCAAGUCUGAGGGGGAGGUGGCUCGCUGCAAACAGCUCAUCUGCGACCCCAGCUACGUGUCAGACCGUGUGACCAAGGUGGGCCAGGUGAUCCGGGUCAUCUGCAUCCUCAGCCACCCCAUCAAGAACACCAACGACGCCAACUCGUGCCAGAUCAUCAUUCCACAGAACCAGGUCAACCGCAAAUCAGACAUCUACGUGUGCAUGAUCUCCUCCGCUCACAACGUGGCGGCGCAGGGCAAGUACAUCGCCAUCGCCAGCACCACCGUGGAGACAGCUGAGCCUGAGAAGGAGAUCAAGCCAGCCCUGGACCUGCUGGAGCCCAUCGAGCAGAAGUUUGUGAGCAUCAGUGACCUGUUUGCACCGACCGACCUGGGAACCGAGAGCCAGAUCUUCAUCUCGCGCACCUACGACGCCACCACCCACUUUGAGACGACGUGCGACGACAUCAAGGACAUCUACAAGAGGAUGAUGGGAUCAGAGUUCGACUUUGAGGAGAUGAAACGCAAGAAAAACGACAUCUACGGGGAGGAGGAGCAGCAGUAAUGAGAGAGAGCCUCUAAUUAGGAGAGUUGAAAUGGGCUAAUAUGAAUAUAUAAGGAACUUAAUGAACACUGUACGAAAUUCAAUAUUGUAAGGCCUGCUUUUGUAAUCCCAUCUCUGAGAGAUUGAAGAGUACUGCACUGGUAAUGUUCCCUUUUUGGAUAUCAUGUGUUAAUUAUUUCAUCCUAGUAGGGCUGCUGUCCAGAAUCUGGCAAAUUCCUGACUGAUUCCUGACUAACCUCCUAAAGGCAGACUGAACUUGUUAUUAUUAUUAUUAUUAUUAUUAUUUUUGCAGACGUAGACGUGGGUGCAGAUUUGAAAUAACUCAUUGCCAGCUGUGUCUUACCUUGUCUUUUUAAUCAUUUGUAAAACAUCCUUCACAACCCUGUGCUUCUGGUGAGCUCGUAGAUGUGACGCUGAUGUCACUCCAACCUGAUAUCAAGGAAAAUAGAAACUGAGCACUCCAUUAUUGUGGACAGCAUCCCUAAAAGUCUCUCCCAUCAAUCUUAACUCUGUGGCAAAGUUGUAUCAUGGACAAAGCCCACACCUAUUGUAGCAGCAAAUGUUGGCUUCGUUCUGGGCACAGAACUUAACCUCCACUUAAGCUUCUAAACCUGUUUACAUCGGUUGGGACACAGCUGUGCCUAAGGCUCCUUUGUGUUUUAAUCUUAAUAAAAUUGAGAGAACAAAUUACAGAGCAGGCAAGAUGUGGAAGUAUUUUGUGUCCCCUGGCGGCCUCUCGGAUGGACCAAACGGCGCUGCGGUAUCGGCAUGACAGAGCCUGCGCUUCUCGUGUCUCCUCAAGGCUCCAAAUGAUUUCUGUACUGCCAAGUAAAGCCAAAUUCUGGAAACCA